AGGAUCCGUACUCCUCACUCUCAGCUUACGGUCAGCUUUGCACUCAAACUAUCACCCAUUUCAUUUUUUUUCUAAUUUAUUCCCGACAUAAGUUAUCAACUCAUCAUGCUCUCUUAUACAUAUAGCACGUAUAUCCACAAAUGUCCAUGAAAUGUCUUAAUAUACUAAUAUCUUGUUGUAGCCUCGUUAACCACUCCUCGUCACAAUCACCAGAAAUCAUCCGCACCCACCCAAGAUUUUGGGCUCCAGGAUAAGGAUUUUUAUGCUCUUACUGGUGUCCUAGUUUGCAACGAUGAGCGAUUAGUCCCAUAUAUUUUUAUUUUUAUUUUUGCCUUUUGUGCUGUUUCUUAGUCAUUGGUUACCUCUAGAUUUCUCUAGUGUAGUAUAUAGUCUUGGGGGUUAAAUUGGUUGGUCUUUUUGAGGUUGAUUUGUUGUUAGUUAUGGAGAAGACAGUGUUUGAUGUGAGAUCAGAGGUUAGCUCGUUGAAGAUGAUGGAUUCCAAGUCCUUAAAAUGGCGAGAAGGCGGCCGAAGAUUCUCAAGACAAUACUUGAGAUUCUACCAAGGAGGAGGAGGGGGAGGGGGAGGAGGAGGAGGUCUCUCUAUUAAGUCUUCAUAUCCAACUGCAAGAACUUCAAGCGAAGGAAUUGAUUUGGUGUCUCCCCAAAAGUUAUCACAAAGUGAGAUUUCAAGGAUAAAUGGCAACAAUUGUGCAGUUUCUUCUUCUAGUUCCUAUAGGGAAGGAUUCAUACUUGAUGCAUUUGAAGAUGAGUAUGGGGGGGUUAUCGUCAAUCCCGAAAGAUUACCGCAUAAUGCGAAUGUUUUUUCGUCGGUUCUUCAGACAUCUCUUUCUCAUUGGAAACUCAAGGGUAGGAAAGGAGUAUGGCUCAAGUUGCCAGUGGAGCGUUCUGAACUUGUUCCUGUUGCAAUUAAGGAAGGAUUCAAUUAUCACCACGCUGAGCAAUCAUAUGUAAUGCUUACCUAUUGGAUCCCUGAUGGACCGUGCUCGCUUCCUGCUAAUGCUUCUCAUCAAGUGGGAGUCGGAGGUUUUGUGAUCAAUGAAAAAGAUGAGGUCCUUGUCGUGCAAGAGAAGCACUGUGCAUUAGGUGGUGUCUGGAAAAUUCCUACAGGCUUCAUCAAUGAGUCUGAGGAGAUCUUUGCUGGAGCAGUAAGAGAGGUGAAGGAGGAAACUGGUAUUGACACAGAAUUCCUGGAAGUGAUUGCUUUUAGGUAUUUAAUUUUCCUGGCAUUUGAAAAAUCCGAUUUAUUCUUCAUCUGCAUGCUUCGCCCAUUAUCAACACAGAUUAUUAUCGAUGAGCUGGAAAUUCAAGCAGCAAAGUGGAUGCCCCUCGUCGAAUUCUUGGAGCAGCCCUUCGUCCAAGGCGAUUGCAUGAUCAAGAAGAUCAUCGACAUUUGCAUUGCACGACUUGGCAAGCGUUACUGUGGAUUAGCUGCCCACAAAGUGAUAUCGAAAUUUGAUGGUAGAUCUUCUUCUCUGUACUAUAAUGUGGCUCAGCCUCAGGAUUCCUACUGCCAGUCUCAGGAGUAACACUGGAGCUCCUACUCCGUUCAUGUCAAAUCAUAUCAUCUUUUGUUAUGUAUGUAUGUAUAUAAAUAGUGUAAGGUGCUUUCUCAUGUACAAAAGAAAUGAAUCAGGCUUAUUUUCCAAAAUCUGCCUGAAACUUCUGUAAUAAAAAUAAAAUAAUUCAAUUUUUAUCAUGAGAUUUCA